AUGAAAGAGUUGGUGACAAAGAGGAGGGUUUUAGAUUGUGAAACAAUUGAAAUGCCACAAACAUGUGGUGCGGUGAUGACAAAGAAUAUAGUCCUCAGGAAAGAUGACCCGUGGGAUUUCACUAUUCCAUGUAUCAUUGGCAUAUGUACAUUUGCAAAAGCCUUGUGUGACCUUGGUGCAAGCGUAAAUCUAAUGCCAUUAAUGAUAUUUAAUAAGUUUGGUCUGGAUGAACUAAAUCCGACAAACAUGAGACUCUUGAUGGACGAUCGUUCAAUAAAGAGGUCGGUUGGUGUGGUUUAUGACAUGUUGGUAAAGGUAGACAAGUUUGUGUUUCCCGACGAUUUUGUAGUGCUUGAUUGUGAAAUCGAUAAUAAUAUGCUAGUUAGCCUUGUGAGACCAUUAUUGGUCAUGGGCAAAGCUUUGGUUGAUGUGAAAGGUGGUGAAUUGAAGUUCUGA